UGCUUAUGCAAAAGGUUUCAUUGGCAAGAUACAUAACACUAAAUUGAAGUCGUUACAAGUAAACAGUUAACCGCGCAAAGAAAAUGGCUCAAGUGCCCAAGGUACGUCUUUCCGGAGGCUUGGAGAUCUGUCGCCUGCUCAACGGCAUGUGGCAGGUGUCCGGUGCACAUGGUCCCAUAGACCCACAGAAAGCAGUAAAGGCCAUGGAAGCAUAUGUAAAUGCAGGACUGACAUCCUUUGACAUGGCAGAUAUCUAUGGCCCAGCAGAGGAGACUUUUGGGACCUUCAAUAGACAGCGAAAAUCUAGCUCCAGUGAUGUUGCAACACCAGCAAUACAAGGCCUCACCAAAUGGGUUCCACGUCCAGGACCAAUGGAUCGAAAGGUGGUGGAGAAGGCCAUCCAGAGGUCGAUGAGCAGGAUGCAGGUGGAGCAGCUGGAUUGUCUGCAGUUUCACUGGUGGGACUACAGUGAUAAGAGAUACCUGGAAGCCCUGGGUCACCUAUCAGAUCUGCAGCAGGAGGGCAUAAUAUGUGAGUUGGCCCUCACCAACUUUGACACCCAGCACCUGGAGGAGAUCACCAGCAAAGGCAUUCGAAUCUCCAGUAACCAGGUGCAGUACUCGCUGAUCGAUAGGCGACCUGCGGCCAAGAUGGAAAAGUUCUGCCUAGCUCACGGAAUCCAGCUGCUCACAUACGGGACUAUAGGCGGGGGACUGAUGAGCGAGAGGUACUUAGGCUGCGGGGAGCCGAAAAGCCGGGCGGAGCUCAACACGGCCUCCCUGAGCAAGUACAAGAACAUGGUGGACGCCUGGGGUGGCUGGGCGCUGUUUCAGGAGCUGCUGUCCACCCUGGACACCGUUGCCCGGCGCCACGGCUGCUCCAUCGCCAACGUGGCCACCAAGUACGUGCUGGACCAGCCGGCAGUGGCGGGGGUGAUCGUGGGCUGCCGGCUGGGCGUGGCCGGAGCCGAGCACAUCGAGGACAAUCUGCGCAGCUGCGGCGUGCGCCUCGCCCCCGAGGACCUGCGUGCCAUCGAUAGCGUGCUCGACCGCUCCCGGGACCUCAUGCGCUCCAUCGGAGACUGCGGAGACGAGUACAGGCACUAAGGGGGAGGGGUCGUCCAAGAUCACGCCCAAGAGCACGCCUCUCUCCUUUAUGCCUGCUGUACAUCGCCAAUCCACCGCUGAAAUCUCUACGCCACGUCUGCUUUGGCCACGUUCACGUGCUUCUGUAGGCGGCCAAGCCCCCAGUGCUUCCAUGUUGUAGUGUAACGGAGGCGCUGCUUGAGUGAACCUGUUUUUGAAUGAAAUAGACAGUAGACAGUAUGGCAUUUGGUAUAUACAGUGUAUAGAAUGCAGUACUCUGUGAUGGAAAUAAAAAAUUCACAGUUAAAAUAAAAA